ACGUUCGAUGGACCCUGCGUGGCGCCCCCUGAGCCCUUCCUAGGCCUCUUUGCGGCCCUGAGCCUUUCCUGCAGGGUUGACGCACUAGUUCUUUCUUGGAGCUCUGUGCCGGAAGGGUGGGAGAGAAGAAAGUACAGCCGCCUGCAGCUAGCCUGCCUGCGCUUAGCCAUUGCUCCCUCCCCGCCUCCAGCCACCUUCAGCUUUCCCUUACCUGCCUCCCGGCCUCCGCUGGUUUUCCAUUCUGUUGCAAGGAACACUCAGGCUUCCCGCAGACUCUGACCUCAGUCAGACUCAGGCCUCCCGGCCCCUGCUAUCUGGCUAAAGUUUAUGCCUGGUGGUAAGACGUUUACUAUGUCUGAUGGUUACAAACGUAUUGAGGCUUCCAGGAGAUGCUUUGAGCUUCGCAGACAAGGCACGCAAGUGCCAAAAGGAUUGGCCUCUAAUUUUAAGAAGACAAACAUGGCAUCCAGUAGUCAGAGAAAAAGAAUGAGCCCUAAGCCUGAACUGACUGAAGAACAGAAACAGGAAAUCCGGGAAGCUUUUGAUCUCUUUGAUGCUGAUGGAACUGGAACUAUAGAUGUCAAGGAACUAAAGGUUGCAAUGAGGGCCCUGGGCUUUGAACCCAAGAAAGAAGAAAUCAAGAAGAUGAUAAGUGAAAUUGAUAAGGAAGGGACAGGAAAAAUGAACUUUAGUGACUUUUUGACAGUGAUGACUCAGAAAAUGUCUGAGAAAGACACCAAAGAAGAAAUCUUGAAAGCUUUCAAGCUCUUCGAUGAUGAUGAGACUGGGAAAAUAUCAUUCAAAAAUCUGAAACGUGUGGCCAAGGAGUUAGGCGAGAACUUGACUGAUGAGGAGCUGCAGGAAAUGAUUGAUGAAGCUGAUCGAGAUGGAGAUGGCGAGGUCAAUGAGCAAGAGUUCCUGCGCAUCAUGAAGAAGACCAGUCUCUAUUAAGAUCAGUGCUUCUUUUUCUACUGCAAGCAUAUGUGACUAGAUUUAGUGCCUGCCAUUUUGUGAAAUAUGGCUUUUGAGAACCCCCCUCCCCCAACCUCUGGGGUAACUAGCCGUGACCUUGAAUCUAUUUUUGACUUUUGGAAGUUUCUUUGAUAUUAAGUUCUUUGUACCUUUACCUGCUGAUUGAUUCAACAGGGCAACACAAGAGCACACAGUGGGGCAAAGGGUCUGAGAGUGAGUGCAGCCACCCCGCCUUCCAUUACUUCACACUGCUCAUGCAUUCCACACAGCUGCACACAUACAGUGGCUGCUUAGAUGUCCAUGUACCCAUGUCACCGUAAGCAGUGGUUGUUCUAAAACUGUUCUAGUUUUUAGUAGACACCAGAGUGUAGUUUUUCCUUUCAUAAAACCUAAUGAAUGCUUGCUGUGGCAUUUGGAUGUGUGUCAAUGUAUUUGUUUUGUUUUAAAAAUAAAACCUUUCUUAAUUUAAGCUCU